AUGAGCCAACUGAUCUCCAGACGUCUAUUCGCUUCUUAUAUCACCCGAAAGAAUUACUAUGAGAUAAUUGGAGUUCCAGCAACAGCAACAAAAGAACAGAUUCGAGAUGCGUUCCUAGCAAAGACCAAAAAGCUCCAUCCGGACCAAUCACAAAAAUCGAUAAAAGAUAGUCGUGUAGGAUGGGCGACUGGCUUUUCUGAUACAGAACAAUUCAUGCUUGUCAAAGAAGCUUAUGAUACUCUGCGAAAUGAAGAGAAACGAAAGGAAUACGAUUUGGCGUACAGUAGAGAAGGAGGAUUUUUAAUGGAGGCGACACAUAAGACGCAGCAAAUGUCCACGCAAAGGAGGAAUAUCCAGAGAGCCGAAUGGAGUGCAGAUGUGAUUCCAGAUGCGAAGAAAAAAGCAGGAAAAACUGUGUAUUCACAUUUUAGAAAUCCAGAAGAAGAGUAUUUGAAGGAAAAACAGAAAAAUCGAAUGCUUGUCGUUCUUGCCGCUGUUGUAAUAGGAUUGAUUGCUGCAAAUGUUCUCUAUAUAAGUUAG